GUCCUAAAUACCCUGAUAUGAUAAUUUACUUCUAUAAUUAUUACAAUCUCUUCAACAAACGCCAAUACACUACUUGUAUCGUACGGUACCAAUAUGGUACAAAGUAAAGUGUACAAAUUUUCGCUGCUUCAUACAACCUCGACCUCAUCAUUCAUAACCAAUCAAGGUGAAAAUGUGUUGCUUAUCGCUGGACAAAAUGCCAAUCACAAAUGAAAAUGGAGCAAAACAAAAAGGAACAAAAAAAAUUACAAGAUAACUAUGAUAGGGGCUGGGAUUACAGCUCCACCAAAUCCCUUUGAUCGAAAUCCGGCGGUGGGCGCCUGUACACCACUCUAACCUUAGGAUCCAAACCAGUAUAUUCGUUGCUAAUCCAGACAUUGUCACUAAACCUCUGCGUACGCCGAACCUCGUCGUCAGAAAUACCUAGAUCGUCUCUAGGAAUCCAGACCACUGGACGUUUUGCACGGAGGGCCUCGUGUUGGAAUGCUCUGCCAACCAGGAUGUCCCGCUCCUCCGGCGACAAGUCUUCAAUCUCGUCGGCAAUAUUUUCGAACAGCAUUAGCUCCGAUCUGGUAUGCGGCUGGUUCUUUAACGGCGGAUGGCGUGAUUGCAGUUCUAGAUCGGCAGAAUAGUGAUCUGGAUCCCCGACAUCCGGCUUCUCGGCGUGGCUUCUGCCAUUAAAGAAAAGAGGAGACUUUCCUUCCUUCUUGUUUUCGCGAGCGUUCCGGAUGUUCCGCAUCUCAAUUGCUCCCGCAUGCUGACCUAGGCGCUUCUCCUGCUUCUCUCGCUCUGCUAGAACCUCAUUGAGAUCGUCCCCUUCCUGCUCCUCUGGAACGAUAUUACCGCUAGCCAACAGCCUUCGCCUUUCGUUAUCCUUUGCGAAAGCCUCAUCGCGGAGGACGGCAUCGUCUUCAAGCGUGAUGGGCAAGUAGGUUAACAGUGGUCCAAAAGCCGAGUUCAGCGUAUAUUGGUAUAGGACGGUAAAGAUCGUGACAAUGAUCAUGAUGAUUGCCUGGGGAAAGCAAGCAACACGACCUUCAGUGUCCCGCACAAGAAAGAAGAGACCAAUCAAGCAAAUCUCCAUAACAUAUAUUCCCGUAAACAACUGGUUGACCGCUCUGGGGAAGAGCAAACCUCCUGUGUCGAAGCGAAAGUUGUGGACAUAGAGAAGAUUGUAUCGGUAUACCAUCCAGAAAAGACUAAACGUGCAGAUGUUGAAAACAAGAAUUAAUGGAGAGAUGAUCGAGUAAAUAAUCCCAAUGCACGCCAAAUUCGUGUAUACGGGGAAGAAGGUGCCCCAUUUCAUCUGAGCAAGCUCUGUCGCCCGGGUGAACUUUUGACGAGCCGUGGAGUCAACAAUAGGACUAAGAAUAAAUUGCACGAACAGUGUUGCAAUUUGUAGAAUUGCUCCACCACUGACAGUGAAUGCUUGCAGCAACAGGUAUGAAAAGAAGAAGUUGGAUGCCUUGGGCAAAUUCUGGGCCAAAAUUGCUGGCGCAGAUGCAAUGUUGUCCGCCAAUUGCUGGAAAACCGUAGUGAUACCGGAAGAGAUACUGACAACGAGGAAGAUCUGAAUAAACAAGAAGGCAAAGUACAUUCCCUGAACAGCCCUCUCAAUCGCCAUACCAGUGUGAUUUCCCUGAAGCUUCGCAAAUGCACGAAGGAUAAUGGGCAACAAUGCCAUCAGGAUUGCCAAGCCCAAUGGAGGCAAAACACCUUGAAUCAAACCAAGAACCGAGUUAGGAAGCUUAUCGAUCCACCUCAACCAUGGGAUCGUUUCCGUGAGGUAGUCGAUCUGAGAGACUAAACCGACAAUGGCGACCGGGAAAGCCCACCCAAUGAUCAAUCCGCCAGUGAUAACAGUAAUACCGGCGAUUCGUAAGUACCUUUGCCACCAAGAAAUCUUCAUGUUGGACCAGAUGACAUCGUCGGGAGAGACCUCAAUGUGGCGGGGGCACAUAUGCCGCGGGAUGUGAUGAGAGAGCGACUGACAGGCCAUAUGGGCGGCGACUUGUUGGUUGAACUGGACAAAAGCAGAGCUCAUGAGCGGGUACUUCUCAGGCGCGGCCUGAUCCUGCUCUAUCUCGACGUUGAGACGGGCAACCUCCUUCCGACAAUAGUAGAUUGUGUCCACCUUCUUCCCGAUGAGUGGGAGAGAAGGCAACCAUUUCACGCCGAAAGGAGGCAAAGUCAUCGUGGGCCUAUCGUUUGGUGAAAGAUACUGCUUCCACAAUGGGUCUCCGUCCUUGUCAUCAGCGUAUUUUUCGUUGAAAGCCUUGGGAUACUUUUUACUAGGACCUUCGGCGGGCAAAUCCAUAGAAUGAGUCGUAUGCGGCGUUGUAGGGGAAUCAUAGUUGAAGGGAGUUUCAUCAUCAUCGCCUUUCUUGUGACCUUUACUGGCUUUCUUUUUCCUUUUCCAGUACAUCCAUUUAGGAGUUGCAUCGACUGUUGCCUGUUGACUUCCCAAAGGGUGGGGAUUGGCAACGCCGGUAUCGCUCGUAUCAACAGUAGGUCGGGUCCGUUGGGGGCUGCGGUUGCUACUCUCCCCGGGCAUAGCCUCGUGCCCCGCAAGUGUUGAUCCUCUCUGUGCCCGUGCGCUGUCCUGGCUAGUUUCGAGCGGUCGGGUUUCAUCAAUUUCCAGAGUUUGGUGGGGAAGUUGUUUGUUAGCGACGGGAGGUUCAUCGCCGCCUGGCUGGUACCCGUAGGCCGCACUGGGCAUGUGAUCCUCCACCUCACCCCUCAGCCGCUUUACGCUGCCAGUUAUAGUGCUAACGCCACCCAUCACACCAUGCCCGAGUUUUUGAAACCCACCAUCGACAACCUUGAUGGGAUUGACCUUUGUGAACUUCGACCCGCUUUUGUCGUGCUUCUUGCCGCGGCCACGGCCUUGCGGGAUCUGGUGGGGAUUUCCAGAAGACAGGCCAGGACCAUUGGCAAUAUCCUCUCCUGCCGCCGCCGCAUUGGUAAUCUGUGCUUUUUCCGCGGAAGUACUGGCCUUCUUUUUUAAUUUCUUCAUUUGCUUCUUCUUGGCCAUUUUAAUCAGUUCCGUUUCCGCAGCUUCAAGUUUUCUGGCAAAUGUAUCUCUCUCCUCGACCUUCUCCUGAAGCUCCUCAUAAUCACUGACGUAAUCAGCACAGCUCUAUCGGCGAGGGGACAGGACCUACCGAUUGAUCCAAACGUUCCGAACCCCACCAGGAAACACAUCAUACAACCCAACCAGAGCCUCGACCGUCAGCCACUUUCUCGGGAUACUGGAAACCAAAACCGUGGUAGCACUAGCUCGAAGUCUGUGUUGCGGGGAAGUCAAAUAUGCCUGUCGCAACCGGAUAUACGCUCGGAGCUCGUGGUAGAACAUAUAACAGAACACGAUAACCACGCCAACCGCCAACAGCAAAUGGGCCCAAUAGCGGCGCGUAUCCUCCGGAGCAAUGUUUGUCCAAGCCAACUGGUCCAUCCCGCGCACGUCGGGAGCCCCACGGCCUCCAAGGGAAUUGAGCGGUAAAAGGAUGGGGAGGAUAACGACGGCGAGGAUGCAAAAGCAUUUCAGGAGCAUGAGAAGGUAGCGGAGGAAAAAGUAUGCGUCGAGACCGGACUUGUUGAUGAAGUCACUGUUUGCCGUGGCGAAGAUUGGUUUGAACCACGAUAACAAUCCCGAUCCCGGAGCUCUCGUUCGUCGUCUAUGUUUGUCAGUCUCCCGAAAACCGCACAGGAGGGAAAGAGGUUGAUACUUUUCAGGAACGAGAUAAGUUCUCGGAACAUAAACCCGUUGAAGCUUCGUCCUUAGCAAAACAAAGAUCAACACCUCAACACCAAACACCGCCGCGGCCACGGCUAACGAAGCCAGGAAGGAUUCCAACGACAUUCCUUCCUCCUCCUGUCCCUUCCCUGCGGACUUCCCCACCGCAUCCGCGACACUUGUCGAGGUUAUCGUGCUCGAUGAAUUACUCAUGUUUGUUCGUCAAAGUGCUGUGCCGUGCCUGGUGAAGCGCACCACCGAAAGGAUCGUGGGGGGGAAAAAAAAAAGAAGAAAAGAAAAAAGGUAGUCUAAUCAGAAACCAGAAUAGAAUUCGUUUGCUCCUCCAAUCCCUGAUAUAGAAUUCUCAAGCUGUCAAAGGCAUUGAGUAGAAAAAGGAUGGCGGAUAAAGCAACGUAGAUAAUAGAAGGGGAAGAGAAGAAGAGGGAAUUAAAAGAGCAAAAGACCGAGAAAGAAGAAG